AUGCUGGAUGGCACGUUAUUCUCCGAGGGGCCCGAUAGCCCCCGGGAGCUCCAGGAUGAGGAGUCUGGUAGCUGUCUCUGGGUGCAGAAGUCCAAGCUGCUGGUGAUCGAAGUGAAGACUGUUUCCUGUCAUUAUAGUCGCCGUGCCCCUUCUGGACAGCUCAUGGAUUCCCAGACCAGCCACUGGGCCCGCUGGACCCAGAGCCGCACGUGUGGGCCGCGCCCAGGAUCCCCUGAGCCGCCGCCCCGCCGGCCCUGGGCCUCCAGGGUGCUGCAGGAGGCGACCAACUGGCGGGCGGGGCCCCCAGCCGAGGCCCGAGCCCGGGAGCAAGAGAAAAGGAAAGCGGCGUCGCAGGAGCGGGAGGUCAAGGAGACAGAGAGAAAGAGGCGCAAGGCUGUUGGGGCCCGAAGGAGCCCCCUGGGUCGGCCCCGCCUAGAGCCACGGAACGCCCCUCGGGUGGCCCAGCCUGCGGGGUUCCCAGCUCCCCUGCUUCCGGAGCGCUUCGGGAAGUUGGGGCGAGCGCCCCGUCCAUCCGCGCAGCCUCAGAGUAUACCAGGGGCGGUGUGGCCGGGGCCCUGGGGAGGUCGGCGGCCCGGGCCUCCCAGCUACGAGGCUCAUUUGCUGCUGCGAGGCGCUGCCGGGACCGCCCCGCGACGCCGCUGGGACCGGCCACCACCCUACGUGGCUCCACCUUCUUACGAUGGCCCCCACAGGACGCUGGGGACUAAGCGAGGCCCCGAGCUCGCCCAGGCGCCCGCCUCCCCAGCCCCGGCCCCAGCUCCGACCCCGGUCAGGACAGAGGCAGGGCGCACAAAGAAGAGGCUGGACCCUCGUAUAUACCGGGACGUUCUCGGGGCUUGGGGUCUCCGACAAGGGCGGGGUCUCUUGGGGGGCUCCCCAGGCUGUGGAAUGACUAGAGCCAGGCCGGAAUUCAGCAAGGGGGCGGCGGAGAGAAGCCUGGGGCUCGCUGUUGAUGGCCUGAGCAACGUUAGCGACGGCCAUUCCCCAGUCAAUGCUCCAGGGAGCCCGGGCAGCAAGACAGCUCCUGUGGGGCCUGCAACUGCGACUCCCAGUCCCCUGCGUCCCGCCCCCAGGUCCAGGCCCCACCUCAAAGGCACCAGGGAAGGGAAAGAAAAUGUGGAACAGAGCUGGCUCCUCAAACGCUGGAUUCCUACCCCUAAAAAGCAGCAGCCCCGGCAUAGCCAAACCCUCCCCAGACCCUGGGCUCCAGGAGGCACGGGAUGGAAGGAGUACCUGGGUCACAGAGAGGGGGCAGCUCCCGAGACCCUGAAGGGAUGGAAGGUGACCCGCCGUGCCCACACCCUGCCCCGCAGUUCCCGCCGCCCCACUGGCGGAGAAGGAGUCUUUGUCAUUGACGCCACGUGCGUGGUGAUCAGGUCCCAGUAUGUUCCGACUCCCCGAAACCAGCACGUGCAGCUUUUGCCCGGCGGGGUGCCGCGCGUUGGGAUGGAUGCCCCCAGUCGACCGAAGUGCGGCAAGGAGGAGGGCGAGGGGCCUGCGGCCUUCCCUUCCCCUUGCCAAAAGCUGCUCUUGAGCAGUGGCCUUUCACACCAUCCCAGCACGGGGCGCGGGAGCGAAGCUGAGGGCGGGGAGCUGGAGGACUCCUCACUGCAGGAUCGCGCCUCCCGCAUCUUGGGGCUUCCUGUCAGCGAAGUGAACCUGCGAGACGCCCACACGCAACCAUGUAGCCCAGAGCAGGAGGCCUUAGGCCCAGCGGCCUCGGGAGGCGUGGGCAGCGCGGAGGGCUCGGAGGAAGUGACAGCUGUCCUGCGGCGCGUGGGUCGCAGUUGGGCGCGGACCCCGGGGCCCUACGCUGGGGCCCUGCGGGAAGCCGUGUCCCGCAUCCGCCGCCACACUGCCCCGGACUCGGACUCGGACGAAGCUGAGGAACUAAGCGUCCAUAGCGGCUCCUCUGACGGAAGCGACACAGAAGCCUCGGGCACCUCCUCGCGGAGUGAGCGGACCCUGCCUGGGGGUGGGGGCCCCACGGGGCCCGGAGAGGGAGGGAAGAGAGUAGAGCUAAACGACAGUAUCCGGGAGAUUCUCGGUGUCAUCAGCCGAACCGAGGAGGCCCUCUUCCGGGUGGGCGACACUAAGAGGACCCCACAAGGAAAUAGGGAGCGACAGUGA